AACAGGGCGUGAGUGCGUGCUAUCGAAUAACAAAUUAUUCUGUGUAUUACCAACGCUCAAGGUUAGCGUUUUAGGUUUUCUUCGCGAGUUUCGCCUUGGGUUUCAACUUUUCUGCCGUCAUGGAUUUACUUCCUAUUCAACUGACAACAAAGGGGGAUAAGUUUAUUAAUACCAAUGGCAAUGAAGAAAGAUACUAUGGAGCUAUUCAAAAAAGGUUGUAAUGUUGGGUUUGUGCGUAUGCUUUUUACAUUUUUACAUUGCUAUAGACAACAGAAAAAGAAUAUGGCUAGCAAUGGGUUACACCAUGGUUAUGAUUGUCGUACUUGCAGCAUUAGCUACAGCUGCAACUGUAGCAUAUCAACAACACUCAUCAUCAACAAUAAAAAGAGUAAUGGAGGGCGAUACAGUCCUGUUAUCACGACUGAGCCCUUCUGAUUUAUCUCUCGAAAUAACACUACAGGAAGUUUUGCAAACAGGCGAUUCUAAUCACGCCAUUGAUGCCUUUCUUGUUCCAUGUAAAGCCUUGAAAAACCACUUCACUACCAUCAACUUUCAGAGCAGAAAUCUGACUUUGACAUAUCCAACGUAUGAGUUUGGAGAGCAGCCAGCAAACACCCCUAUAUAUCUCCUUGCAGGAAGCAAUGUCACAUACACCUUUAGAAUCUGGGCCCCAAUGUACCAAAUCAAAUCUCCAGAGUUUGUAAUUUUUGACAACUAUGACAGCUAUUCUACUUUUGUUGCUGGUGAUAACGAUGAGACUAAUGCUAUUUUCCAUCAACAACUGACAGUAGGCCCAAAUAACCCAGUUAUCACUGAAGUUACAUUUCAUGCACCCGAAGACAGUUAUUACUUUAUCACGGGCUACGCUGAAGCUGGACUUACUUACCAGUUCAAUGCAACAGAUAAUGUAUUCUUUUUGAAUGAAACCGACUACAUGAAUAAAUAUACCGCGUGUCACUUCAGUGUAGGAGAUAGCUGUUCAUUUCAGGCCAGAAGCAAUUAUUUCGGAUCAAGUACAGCAAUGUGUUUAAUUGCGCACAUCAAUAAACCCCCAGCUGAAGAUCCCCCUUCAACCCACAUCAUAAUCAAUACAAAAAACAACUAUGAUGCCCUGGUCUUAUUUCCUCCUUUCCUUGCUACCAUCAGCUUUAUCAUUGUUGUCCUCUUACUCAUUGUAGUGACUGCACCAACCACUAGUGCAUACAAAAGAGUAUUUGGGAGUGGUAGUGGUAGUGUUGUGAAAGAAUAAGGCAAUGUGUUGCUACAUCUACUAGAGAGAGUUUUCCCCGUUCAUGAAUACAUUUCUUAUUGUAAUCACUGUUAGUAUACCCUGCAGUGUAUAGCUACUCAGUGUUGCAAGAUUAUAAGAUAAGAAGUAAUAAACAAUGAAUCCAUCUGGGACCAGUGGGAGUAGAAUGGACAUGACUGAUUUUGGGUAGGACCAGCCUGCUGCCUGCGUGCCGCCCCCUAUCGUCGUAGAGAUACACGUGACCGCCGCACCAGGCUAUAGGAAACUUCCGGUGGGCUGGCAGUCCCGUCGCUCAAUUGCAAGAUGGCUCGUAUCACCGACGGGUCUUCUCCGGAUAAAGUAGAGGAGCGGCUUAUUAUGAAACUGCACUACCCUGCUGGGUUGAAAAACGCCACAGAAAGAGUCUUAGACAACCUUCUGACGGAUAUAAAACAGAGCCUCAGUGGAUAUAUUUGUACGCUGCAAGCAGGAUAUACCACAGCUACACCUGAUAGUCUAUUAAAGUCUGCCGUUCAGUAUGUGAGUGGAAGUGAAAAAGCCACAGCCUACUGCAAAACUGCUACACAUUCUUCUCUGACGAACACUAUCCUGGUGGACGUGCUUACAAACACGAAGGCCAUACUACCUGAUGAGCUCAGUUUGAUUGAAAAAAUUGUCCGGAAACAUUUAUUGCAGGAUUCAGAGGACCAAGUAGUGAUAUGUUGUGGUGCCGUAAACCAAGCACCAAUAUCAAAUGCUCCAAAAGCCAUAGGAUCAACUCUUGGCUCAUUUACUGUUAACAUUUGGUAUCCUCAGUGCUGUA